CUCUCUCUCUCUCUCUCUCUCUCUCUCUCUCUCUCUCUCUCUCUCUCUCUCUCUCUCCGCUACCCAGUCACUCCGUCUCACUCAAUGCCUUAGUGCCCCGCGAGACGUCAGAGGGGGAGGACACGCGCCGCUCUUCCUCCGUUCCCCUCUCCGGAAAAAAGAUUUCGUUUCUAGGCCUAAAAAUGUGGAAAUACUUAACUAGGCCUAUGGAAAAUCUCGGUAUAUACUUGCGAAACGUGGAUCUACCUGUGUACUUAAUUUUGUGGCGCUAGUGCAAGUGGAAAGUGGAGAAAAAGUGGAUGAAAUGUGAAAUGCUUGUAACACUGAACCACCCCGCGGGCCGCGCCCCGCCCCGCCAUGACGCUGGUGGCGCCCCGCCGCGGGGGCGCCGCCCACGUGAAGCGCCUGUCGCUGCCUGAGAUAGCGAGCCGCGAGGCGGGCCUGGACGCUGCCCGCGCCCACGCACACGCCCGCACCAGGAGCCGAAGUGUGUACUGUGAGACCCCGCCACGCCCCGCCCCGGACACUGUCCCCAUCCCGCUGGUGGCCCUGCCUUUGCCACAGCCCCAGUGUGUGACGCCCCCCGUGACACUGCCCCGCCACGCCCCUCCAGGCCAGCAGGAUGUGCUGUUCGCGGGGCAAGACACAGGCCCCUCGGGGCAGGACCACCACACAUCUAGCUCCGUGGAGGCCCCGUCUCACCCCGCCCCCACGCCCCAAGGCGACACCCCGGGGCAGCAGGACGCCCCGCCCACCCCUCCGCCAGGCCAGGAUGUGGCGGCUUGGGUGAGCCGCGCCCCCGCGGGGAACGUGAUCCACCCGGCUGACAUUACACCCCGCCACCACACCCCGCCCCCCUCUCCACCCCUCUCCCCUCACCCAACACCCUCCCACACUCAAACCCCAACCCCGAUCCCCAGCCCCGUCCCCACGGCUCCUGCCCCGGCCACGGCCCCUUCCCUUCCACCAGGACACCCAGACCCGCCGCCGUCCGCCCCUUCCCCCAAGGCCCCGUCCCCGUCACCCGGAGCCUCGGUCCCACAAGAGGAGGACACCCAGGCGCCACCAGCCUCUUCCAGGAGCCACGCCCGGGGCCGCUGCUCCCCCGCGAAGCACUCCUGCCACACUUCCCGCCCCCGCCCCCACCGCCCAUGUCACAGGAGCCGCCGCCGCCCCCGCCUGAGGUGA